AUGGGAAUCAGCUUAACUGAGCUAAAGUCUAAAACACCAACUGAAUUAGCUGACAUUGCACGCAAUGCAAAUAUCAACGGCGCAGCGGGAAUGCGCAAGCAGGAUCAAAUUUUCGCCAUUCUGAAGGCGGAAGCCAGAAAUGGCGGAAACAUUACGGGCGAGGGUGUGAUGGAAACGCUGCAGGACGGUUUUGGAUUUCUUCGAUCGCCAAACAGCUCCUAUCUGGCAGGGCCGGAUGAUAUUUAUGUGUCACCCAGUCAGAUACGAAGAUUCAAUCUUCGAACCGGCGAUACAGUAACUGGUCUAGUGCGACCUCCCAAAGACUCCGAACGAUACUUUGCGCUGCUCAAGGUUGAAAACAUAAACCACGAGCAGUUAGACAGUGUGAAAGACAAAGUUCUGUUCGAGAAUCUGACGCCGCUGCAUCCGGACCAACGCAUGCGACUUGAAAUAGGUAAUGGCAGCACCGAAGACCUGACUGCAAGAAUCAUUGAUCUGGUAGCACCAAUCGGGAAAGGCCAGCGAGGUCUGAUCGUAUCUUCGCCGAAAACCGGCAAAACAGUCAUGCUGCAACAGAUCGCUCACUCCAUUACUGCGAACAUUCCCGAAUGCGAGUUGAUUGUUCUGCUCAUUGACGAGCGUCCAGAGGAAGUUACCGAGAUGCAAAGGUCCGUGCGCGGAGAAGUCGUAUCAUCUACCUUUGAUGAACCCGCAACUCGACACAUUCAGGUGGCAGAGAUGGUUAUCGAAAAAGCAAAACGGCUAGUCGAACAUAAGCGCGAUGUAGUCAUUUUGCUGGAUUCAAUUACUCGUCUAGCUCGUGCAUACAAUACGGUUGCACCCGCAUCUGGAAAAGUGCUGACCGGAGGUGUUGAUUCAAACGCUUUACAGCGCCCCAAACGGUUUUUCGGCGCAGCCCGAAAUAUCGAAGAAGGCGGCAGCAUUACCAUUCUUGCCACUGCACUGAUCGAAACCGGUUCCAAAAUGGACGAUGUUAUCUACGAAGAGUUCAAGGGUACUGGCAACAUGGAAAUCCACCUGGAUCGCCGUAUUGCGGAGAAGAGGGUGUAUCCAUCCAUCAUCAUCGGACGCUCAGGAACACGUCGGGAAGAAUUGCUUACCGAACCCAUGGAGCUAAAAAUGAUCUGGGCGAUUCGCAAACUUCUGCAUUCACAUGAUGAUAUUGAUGCGAUUGAACUCCUGUCGGAACGGCUUCGUGCGACAAAAACCAAUGCCGAAUUUUUCGCUUCCAUGAAACGAGCUUCCUAA